CGAAAUUUCACGGGUGAAUAAAUAUAGUUAUAAGUAUAAAUAUGCACAUUUAUCCCGCAGGGAAACAUAUCAAAUUUCGGACUCCUGCAGUUGGAACCUUGUUUUUCACUUAUAAAUCGGAUAUUUUUUUCUGGAUUUGCGGCGCUUUCUAUAAUUAAAUUUUCGGACUGGAAUUUGAGCGACCAUGAAUAUUAAAGUAUGUAUUGUACUACUUGCUGUGUGCGUUGCCAUGGCAGCAGGGAGCUCGUUUAAAAGCGAAAUACUGAGAAAAUUGAUAAUGAAAAGGCUGAAUGAAGGGAAAUCAGUACGCAAGGCCUUACCAAAUGGUUUCCUUGGUAACAAAAGAAUGCUCGGUGCCAACGGUGCUGGUCAGCAAUCAAUGGGUGAUUUACAACAGGCGCUCACUUCUUUCAGGAUGUCACUAAUUGAUUACGCAGAUAAGUACGGGACAGACGCUGCUGUCAGAUUAAUAGACAGAAUAGGGCGCCUCGUCGAUGGUGUAGUCGCAGAUACAACAAAUGAUGGUGAAGGCACUGCAGAUAAUGCAGCCGAAAAUGAAGGCACAACUGAAGCUACUGAAACCACUGUUAGUGAAAUUACUGACAAACCUACUGAAAGCUAUACUCCAGAACAAACUACUGAAGAAACUACCGAAAGAAAUACAACUGAAACAAGUGAAGUAAGCACUGAACCAGAUACUGAACCGGAUGAAGACACUACUGAUACCCCUGACGUUCCUGAAACUGCAGAUCUUCUACGAGCACUUCUGAGAAAUCUUAGAUUGAACAGGAAAAAGUAGAUUUUUCAUUUGAUGAGGGAAGCAAAAACUAAAACAGAAUGAGUACCGAAUGUGAUUAAACCUGGAUAUUGUGAAAAAUAAAGUAAAAUUAUGUGAAUUAACCCAAUGACAGAUAAGAUAAUGUAUUUAUGACAUGCUUCAAUUAAUAAACGGCAGUUUUUUCUUCUGUAUCUGCUUGCAAUAAACUAUCACUUAAAUGAAAUUAAAUGAAACUAUAUAGCUACGUUUUCAAUUAUUACUUUAUUUAUUGUAGAACUUAGACGAUAAUAAAGUAUUACCAUAC